GAGAGAGAGAGACGCACACAGAAAGAGACUCUACAGAGGCAUUAAUGGCUCGGCCAAGAUACGUGAUUGAAAAGGCACAAAAAGGGUUCCUUUGUUUUCAAUCAGUGCACUGAAUACAAAGUGACUGUGAUUACAUUACACUCAACAAUCACAUUUCAUGAAAAUCAUGAAGCAUCACCACCAAUCAAAUUAGUCUACCAGAUUUGAUUAAACCAGAACUUAGAGAGAAAUAAAGAUUUGAUCUUGAAUGGAGACAUCGGUGACUGCCACUGCCAACAGUUCUUCUUCUUCUUCUGGGAAUACUAGUAGUAGUAGUGAGAGUAGUGGCAAUGGACUUCGAAGAUUCGGGUUUCGAGUGGCAGUUUUGAAUUUCGUACAGAGUCCAUUAACAUCCUUGUUUGAAAAUUCAGGUUUACUAGGAGGCAGAAGAUCAGUCAUCAUGUCUGAUUCUCAGGAAACAGCUGAUCAAAUCGAGGACGAGGAUGAAGAGGAGGAAGAGCUCUCUAUCAGAAUUGUUGGUGCAACAGAGUCAGAGGCAGAGUAUUUCAUGGGUCAUUCAGAACCUGAACAAUCUGCAUCAGAUGCCGGAAAUGGGUCCCCGGAUGAUCUUACUAAUUCUGUAAGAAGAAGCAGCAGUAGCAGUGGUAGCAGUAGCAGAUAUGAUAUUCAGCAGUUGGCCAAAUGGGUUGAGGAGAUCCUCCCUUAUUCUUUGCUUCUUUUGGUCGUCUUCAUUCGUCAGCAUCUCAAAGGUUUUGCUGUUGUUAUUUCGAUUGCUGCUGUCAUGUUCAAAUCCAAUGAUAUUCUUAAAAAGCAGAUUGCUCUUAAGGAGGAGAGGAAAACCUCUGUGGUUGUCAGCAUCGCUCUGGUAUUUAUGCUUCAAGUGGUUCUUAUUUAUUUGUGGCUUCGAGAUACUGAUCUCCUAUACGCCUUGGUUUUACUUCCCCCAAAAGCAGUACCUCCCUUUAUGCACGCUAUAUUCAUCAUCACCGUGAAUGACAUUAUGGUGCGGCAGGCAGCAAUGGCCCUCAAAUGUAUGCUUUUGAUAUAUUACAAGAAUUGCAGAGGCCGUGACUACCGUAAACAGGGUCAAAUGCUAACUCUUGUUGAGUAUACCUUGCUGCUGUACCGUGCCUUGUUGCCUACACCUGUUUGGUAUCGCUUCUUUUUAAAUAAGGGAUAUGGAAGCAUUGUUUCUUCCUUAACAACAGGGUUGUAUUUAACCCUCAAGUUUAAAUCAAUUAUAGAGAAGGUCUACCCCUUCUUUGCUGCAUUGAAGGCCUUAAGGCGUAAGGAGAUGCAUUACGGCUCAUAUGCCACGGCGGAACAGGUCAAUGCAGCAGGGGAUCUCUGUGCUAUCUGCCAGGAAAAGAUGCAUGCUCCAAUUUUGCUUCGCUGUAAACACAUAUUCUGCGAAGAAUGUGUAUCAGAAUGGUUUGAGCGAGAAAGGACAUGCCCAUUGUGCAGGGUCUUGGUUAAAGCAGCAGAUAUCAAAUCUUACGGUGAUGGAUCAACUACUUUGUCUGUCCAGUUAUUUUAAGAUCUACUUGCUAAAGAAGAUAAAAGAAGUAAAGAAUUGCUUUGGAAAUGAAAGAUCAUUGCCAUAUAUUAUAUUCUUGAUGCGCUGCAGUAACUUAUAAUUCCAUUCUUUCCACCACUGCUGUUAGUUGAGGAGAGGUACUAAAGGUGGCAGUAUUCGUUCAUAAGUUGUAUCUAUGAGGCGGAUAUAAUCCCCAGGCCAAUUAAUAUAUGUUAACCACAGAGACAUUCUUGUUCAUAUAUUAUUAACUUUAGAUAUGUGUGUAAGUAAAACGUCUCUCUCUGUCUCCAGGCAAAACAUUCAUAAUUUAUUCUCUAUACUUGAAUAUGCAGAUUCUUUUUAUAUCUGAUCUUUAA